GGUUUAAUCCUAGAUGGUAUGAAACUUGCUCCUUUAAACUGAGAGUGCCAGAACUGGCUCUGGUGAGGUUUACAGUCAAGGAUGAAGAUUGGGGAAUAGAUGAUUUUAUCGGGUACUACUGUUUGCCUGUCUCCAGCAUUCAAGAAGGUGAGUUUAUUAUUGGUUCCCUGGAAUCAGUAGAACACACAAUCAGUAGCUGUGUCAUA